UUUUAAGCUCACUGAUUAAAAUUUCAAAGGUGAGGUGUGUUAAUUUCGAUCAGUUUCAGACGUUUGACUUUGUUAUGUAAAUUUAUUUGCAUGCAGAAAUGAAAAGAGAAGAAGGAGACGAGUUUUCCGAUAAAGCCAGCAAGAUGGAGCUGCUGGAAAAAGCAAAAGCGGAGUUCAAUAGAGAGAAAAGAUUGGUCAUCAAAAACCUGCCAUUCAGCACAACAGAAAAGGACAUCCGGGCAUUUAUGGGAUUCAAUGGAGAAUUUCCAGUGGAAGAUGUUCAGAUGGGGAAAAAUCUUGGCCAGAAUCAGGCUGUUGUGACCUUGAAAGACCCGAGCCUUGUAGAUGAUGCCAUCUCGAAACUAGACAACACAAAGUUUGACACCCUGACUGUGAGUGUGUCUGUGUACCGUAGUGACAAGAUCUUGUGUAUUGCCCAUCUUCCCCUGGCGAUGACAGAAUACAAGUUCCGGGAACUCAUCACAGAACAUGGCAACAUUGACAUGUGCUUCCUCAUGAGGUCGGAGGAGACUGGAGACAGCAAAGGCUAUGGUUUUGUUGAGUUCAAUGAGUCUAUUGAAAAAGUUGGCCAGAUAAAGUAUGCACUUGACUGGUCGAAAGUGGAAGGUCAAGUUGUCCACUGUGAUGCCAUUGUGGACAGUUCCAAGACUGGUAUCGAGUUUGCUGAUCUCCAUUCAACAUGUCUGCUCAUUGACAAUUUGCCGCCUGACUACACUGACUGUCUUGCCCUUCGUGAAGUCUUCAGUCAACUUGUAAAGCCAAUAUAUUGCCAGAUUGUCACAAAAGAGAAUGUGUCCCUGGGUUUUGGAAUCAUCGAGUAUGAAAACAGCGAGAAUGCAGAGAGGGCCUUCAACCGGUUUAACAAUGAGAAGAUAAAUGAUGUGCCCAUGAAUAUAUCAUACUGUAUACCCGGCAAAUCCGCUGUCCACAUGUUCAACAGGAUCAUGUUCAAAUAUGGUGACAGUAUUCAUGUGAAUAAGGCGAGCCUGCUGCCAGACCCAGUCUACCCCAACCCUGCCUUCCUCAGACACCCCUUCUUCAAGACGCACCAGGCUAAACACCCCAGAUUGUUGGUCAAGUUCACAGACAACCUGCUAAAUCUUCAAGAAGGAUACAUCAAACAGCUCGAGGACAAGACCAACACCAAACCAGGGUUACUGGGCCCAGCCCCGACCAUCCCAAUGUCUCCCCUGAUGGACGUGAAUGUCCAGCUCGGCCUGCUGUCAGUGAUUGUACUCGACAUGCGUGAAAAUGGCACUUACAAUGGACAGUUGCCUGGUCCCCUUGGAAAGUUGAAAGUGCCAUCUGGGGAAGAUUUCGAGCAAAAGCCUGAACCAGUCUCCCUGCUAGGGGACCCAGUCACAGCCCAGGCCAACCUUGUUUUGAAGAACCUACUCAUGCCGCCUUCAGAGAGCCCGGGUUUUCCCCAGGGGGCUGUGAGACACGACCCUGAGGCUCCACAGUUGCUAGGGAAACCAAUUGCGGAACUGAACCUUGUGUGCCUGGGCAGUCUCGGUCGAAUGAUGGCCAUGAUGUUAGAACAAAGCCAUAACAGGGGACUGCUAGGCAAUGCCCCUCCUCAGCCAACACCAAACGGUCCCCCAAAGCCAUUGCUGGAUGGAUUGAUGCAGGCGGGAAAGGUUGCACAGAAAAUACUCAACUCCAUAGGCAUGAACCAGCAGAAUCAGAACAAUUUUAACUCAAACUAUGUGAAUAUGAACCAGUCUAGUCAAAGUAACAACUUUAGUCAUCAUCAGGGUAACCAGCCUAGAAGUUUACUUGGAAAUCCACCUGGUAAUAUGAAUAUGGGUAUGAAUAAUAUGAAUAUGAAUACCUCCAGUAAUAUGAACAUGAAUACCUCCAGUAGUUUUAACAUGAAUAGACAAGGAAAAGGAAAUUCAAAUUUCAUGAGCAACAUGCAACAAGCAUUGUCUGUGCAGAAAAUGUCUGAGAGUCAAGGUGGAAAUAUGAACAGACUUGGAGGAAAUAAUAUGCUUGGUGGAUAUAAUGACAAUAGUAGUAACCAAGGUGAUGGGUUGCUAGGAAACUACAGAGGACAAGGUUCCUCUAGUAGCAACUCUCCCCAGUCCCUGCUGGGUGCCCCUCCAUCUCAAUCUCCGACCCCCCUGCUGAGCCUGAACCUGAACACUAAGGGAGAGGGGCUCAUCCCCACACCCCCGACCUUCAAGGAGGAGGGAGGCUUUCUUGGAAACCAGGGAAUGGGCGGGAAUGACUCUGGUUACCAGGGAGGCUAUGAUGAAGGAGAUGGUAGUGAGGGGUUUUGUGAUCAGGGUAACAUGAACAGUAUGGGAAACAUGGGAAAUUAUGGUAGCAGUAUGGGCACGUUCGGAAACAUGGGAAAUUUUAGCAAUAACGGGAAUUUUAGAAAUAAUAUGGGAAAUUUUGGAAAUGGAGACAAUACUAGCAUGGGAAACUUCCGGAGCAACAUGGGAAAUUUCAGAAACAUGGGAAAUAGCAAUAACAUGAGUGGAAACAUGGGAAAUAUGGGCCCUCAGAGCUUACUGGGAAUGAACCAACGCAACAUGGCUGGUGGAAUGAUGGAUCAAGCAAAUUCAGAGACGUAUGAUGCUGCCUACUUCUCUGGCAUCAAUAACAGACAAAGAAACAGUGCAAACUUGGCUAGACAGCAAUCUGAUGGGUCUAGAGAGUUCACAAAGAUGACUAAUAAUGCUGCCCUUCUAGCAGCUACUGGCUCCCGACAGCAAAACAUGGGGUCAUGGAACAACAUGGGGGCUAGCAACUUCUCAGAUUCAGAGGGACCAUACAGUAUGCAGCAGAGAAGCAAUGGCAGCUCCAUGUUUAACAAAGCCAGUACAGGAGACCUAUUCACAUUCCAGAAUACUAAUUCCUUUGGGGCCAUCGGAAACAAGGGGGACGGGCUGAUGGGGCCCCCACCCCAGCCAUUGUUGGGCAUGGGGUCAUCAUUUACAUCUGGCAAUAACAAUACACAGUCAACGCCCCAGGGCCAGAAGCGUCCAUUCAGCCACCUAUUACCGUCCCCGGAGGCCAGCCCGGAGGGUAACUACAUUGGCCAGCACUCUCAGGGACUCGGGGGACACUAUGCAGAGUCCUACCAAAAACGACAGAAACUCAGUGGCAGGUUUUAGACUCACUCCAACAUGGUCAAAAGGAUUGGUCCACACUUGAAAUGGAAUACAUUUGGGGCCACAAUGUCAUACUGGAAAUGAUAGAAGCUCAGUGACAGACUCUGGACCAACUUUUACACUGCCCAAAUUUGAUGGUCCAAAGCAUUGGCCAAAACUGUCAGGAUUUUUAAAGAUAUAAUGCCAAGUCUUGCAAAAACAACAAUAGGUCAAUGGUUGGUUCUGGACUGACUGUUAGACUGCCUGAUAAAGUAGGGCUUAGAAUUUGCCAUCAUGGACAUGUGUGAAGACAAAGCCAUGUCUUACCAGAUGUGAGUAAUUUGCCAGCAUGUUCUAGAAUGGAGAUCCACAUGGGGCUCAAACUAUUAGAGGGCUUUGUCUCGGGUUAUAUCAGUGUCACGUGAGGAAACAUGAUGGCAAAGUUUUAUGUGUAAUUGUCCCGAGGCUCUCAGCAGUGCACAGGUGCAAUUUUAGGAAGAAUUUAUGUCAAAUUUUUCCCACCCAUUACCUUCCCUGAAACGAUAUUAAAUCUUUAAAGUGUAAAUACCCUAAAGCCUUUGUCCAUAUUCAAGGGGAAUGCCAUUGUUUGAUUUGACAUUUUCUUGAAGAUAAAUGUUAUAUUUGUGAGGAAUGGAGACAAACAUUCAGCGUAGUUUUGUCUCAGUCUCAAGUAUUUGUUCAGUAACAUUGCUAAGGGUAACUUUUACUUAUUAUUUCCAUAGAUUAAUUCAUAGGUUGUGAAUUUCAUACUCAUUUUUUAAUUGUGUCUGCUUUAUGUUCGUUCAUUUUAAAACUGAAAAUUCCAAUUGAGGAUUAUUAGUUGAAAAAUGUAGUUAUCAUAUCUGUGUGCAUUUUACCUGCUUUAGUCAUUUAAUGGUAUUUUCACGAAGAUUUUUUCAUUUAUAUUUUGAUUUAUAUAAGUAGAUGAGAUUUUUUUCCAUCGUAUUAAAAUAAACGCUUUGUAGAAGAAAUUUUAUGUUUAAAUGUUAGUACCAGUCUUGUGCAUUCAGGAAUAUAAUGCUAUCACAUACAUCCGAAUACAAAGCCAUGUAUCAUGUACCGGUAUUCUUAUGCUCUUAUUUAUUAAUUGUACAUAAUGUGGCUGUCAUUUGUGACUUGUACAUACAAGGGUUUUAAUACUUUCACUGGUAGAAGUCAUAUGCAUUUCACUGUUAAGAAUAUGUUAAGAGAUUUGUUGUGACCACUAGAGUUGUAUUUCAUCCUACUGCCUUGUGAACUUGUGAUACAGUGGCCUUUCAGGCUUGACCAGUUCUCAAGAUUUCUCCCAACUUGGUAAACUGCUUUUUUCAUUCGCACAGCCUUUGUCAUUCAAAUGUAACCUUGACUUUUAUGCUGACCUCAUAAGACCCAUGUUUAAUACACAGAAGCUUUAAAGCUCUUGAAACAUAUAGUUUACUUUAUACAACUGAUAUGCACUAGUAACCUUGUUUUUCACAGACAUUGUGUUUCAAUCCGAAAUAUUAAUCUAAAUAUCAACAAACCUUACACCUUUAACCCACUAUACACUACAGAUUAUUGACAAUUUCAGGUCUUCACCUGUACAGAUAAAGAAAUAGUUCAGUGACUAGUAUUAUCAAACCGGUUUACAGUAUAUAAAACUACUAUCAAAACAAACAAACAAACCACUAGUCUAAUGAGGUCAGUGGCCGUUGUCACAAGUUCAUAAAGCAGAAUUGUGUUGAAUACCACUCGUUUAUGCCUAUUCUUGUCAACAUGUUAUUUAUGCAAAUAUCAUCAUAUAAAGUGUCUUUGUUCAUAAGUUCCUACAUAGCAAUUAUAACUGUUACAAUCACACGCCUGCUUUAUUUCCUUUCCACUUGAAUGGAUGAAAAUCAUAAUUGUAUCUUACAGUGCUUUCAAUUUGAGUAUAGUAAUAAUUUAAUUUAUAGAAUAUUUCAUUUGGCUUCUAACUCUUCAGGUAAAACACAGGUCUGAAUAAUUAUACUUACAGAAACACGAGAGAUAAAAUUUCCUUUUAUUAUGGUAUUGUUCCAGUAAAAAAAACAACAUAAAAAUCA